GUGUGGUGCGCGGGGGCGCGGGUUGCGUGUGGCGCGGGGCGGGGCGCGGCUAGUGCGCCUGGGAGGCGAUGGCGGCGGCCUGAACUCACCUAAACCCAGUGGUGGCGAUCGGGCCUGGUCGGGGUCGGGGUUCUCGGAGCCAACAACAACCCGAGUCUGCUGCUACUCUUCAUUUAUGCUGAGCUGUGAGGCUUUGAUGGUUGUCAUCUAUAUUGGACUGACCAGCUUUCAAAUUGCCCAUUCCACUUGAAUGGAAACCACGUGGCUCUGCAGAUACUUUAUCGUAUAGGUCGCCCCUUGUGAUGUUUACAUCUUAUAAGGUUUGCAAGUCUGGACAGGGCAGUUACCUCUGGGCUCGUCACUCCGGCCUGUUGAAUCUUCUGAUUCCAUGACCAGUUACUGGCUUCUGCAGACCGGAUGAAGCAAACUGGAGACACGAAUGGAGAAAGCCUCCAGCCGGCCAGUUCUCUGAGUGUGGUCGUCUGGCUGCUGGCCUUGCCCAGCCUGACUCAUGGAGAGGAUGAACUGGCUGAGCAGACUGGCUUCACGGGGCCCAGGGCACCGUGUACCGCAUGGGGCCAGUCCACAGACUCCUGUCGUGGCUGACCCUGAGACCUGCCUCAUGGUCUUCAAGAAUCACUGGUCUCAGGUGAUGCGAAUCCUGGAGCGGCAAGGCCCCCGGGCAGUAGACGAUCUCAGUGCUGUUCGCAACCACAAUUACCAAAUGUUGACACUGCUGGCAGAGGAUCGUGCCGUCCCCUCAGCCCCCUCGGCCCCUGGACCCCUGCUGGACUUUGCCCUGCGCGAGGAUCUGCUCACCCGAGUGUUGGUGUGGCAGCUUCAGUGGGAUGAGCUUGGGGAUGGGGUUGAGGAACGGCGGGCUGAGCAACUGAAACUAUUUGAGAUGCUAGUGAGCGAAGCUCGUCAGCCACUGUUGCGACAUGGGCCGGUCCGUGAAGCUCUGCUGACCUUGCUGGAUGCCUGUGGCCGCCCUGUGCCCAGCAGCCCGGCACUGGAUGAAGGCCUGGUGCUACUACUCAGCCAACUGUGCGUGUGUCUGGCACGGGAACCUGUACUGCUGGAGUCCUUCUUGCAGCCACCUCCUGAGCCUGGAGCAGCCCCCCGUCUUCUCCUCUUUUCUCGCCUGGUUCCCUUUGUCCAUCGAGAGGGUACCCUGGGCCAGCAGGCCCGAGAUGCUCUGCUGUUGCUCAUGGCUCUGUCAGCUGGGAGCCCCACUGUGGGCCACUACAUCGCAGAUCACUCCUACUUCUGCCCGGUGCUGGCCACAGGGCUGAGUGCCCUGUACUCCUCGCUGCCCCGGAAGAUUGAGGUCCCAGGGGAUGAUUGGCACUGCCUGCGGCGGGAGGACUGGCUGGGAGUGCCAGCCCUGGCGCUCUUCAUGAGUUCCCUAGAAUUCUGCAAUGCUGUCAUCCAGGUGGCUCACCCUCUGGUGCAAAAGCAGCUGGUGGACUAUAUCCAUAAUGGGUUUCUGGUGCCUGUCAUGGGCCCUGCCCUGCAUAAGACUUCCGUGGAGGAGAUGAUUGCCAGUACCGCCUAUCUGGAACUUUUCCUACGGAGUAUCUCAGAGCCUGCCUUGCUCCGUACCUUCCUGCGUUUCCUGCUGUUACACCGGCAUGACACCCACACCAUCCUUGACACCCUUGUUGCGCGUAUUGGCAGCAACUCCCGGGUAUGGCCCCUACCUCUGUCCUGGCUUACCUGGCUCUGCAUGGUCUCUCUGAGUCUCUUCAGGACCUUACUGAACCUCAGCUGUGAGGACGUUCUGCUGCAGCUGGUUCUCAGGUAUCUUGUCCCAUGUAACCAUGUGAUGCUGAGCCAGAAGCCAGCUGUGCGUGAUGUAGACCUGUACGGACGAGCAGCUGACAAGUUUCUCUCCCUAAUCCCACGCUGUUGUCGGCACCGUGCCUCCAGCCCACCCCGUCCAGAGCAUGCCUCAUGGGCACGAGGUGGGCCUAGCAGAGAGGCAGGGAGAAGGGAGGACGCCACGGGCCCUGGAAGCCCUAGUGUUGACUCCUCUUCUGUGGUGACUGUGCCCCGGCCUUCCACACCAUCCCGUCUGGCUCUCUUUCUGCGACAGCAAAGCCUGAGUGGCUCCGAGACCCCAGCCCCAGCCCCACGCUCACCAGGGCUUGCUGCAUCCCCAUCGUCUAGCCCUGGCCGACGGCCCGGCCCUGCAGAGGAGCCUGGUGAGCUGGAGGACAAUUACCUGGAGUACCUGCGUGAGGCACGCUGUGGUGUGGACCACUGUGUUCGAGCCUGCCGUACUUGGUCUGCCCCCUAUGAUGGCGAGCGGCCCCCUCCCGAGCCUAGCCCCGUUGGCUCCAGGACUAAGAAACGCAGCCUGCUGUCUGAGGAGGACAGGGGCAAUGUAGGGGAAGGAGAGGAGGAAGAGCUGGGGAGUGGAGGGCUGACUGGGAGUAUAGGGGAGGGCUCCAGCCACCUACCCCCUCUACAGCUCAAUGGGGCUCCCGGACCAUGGCCUGAGGGGGCCAAGAAAGUUCGUCGGGUGCCACAGGAGGGAGCUGGGGAACUACUAGAGGGCCCCUCGGAGGGCAUGGCAGGACUGGAGGGCUUUGGGCAGGAGCUCCGGGAGCUGGAGGUGGCGUUGAGCAAUGGGGGGGCUGGCCCAGAGCCCCCUCUAGAGCCUCCAUUGCCUCUUGAGGAGGAGGAGGCCUACAAGAGCUUCACCUGUCCCCCAGAGCCCCCUGGCCCCUUCUUCAGCAGCCCUUUGCGGACUAUCAACCAGCUGCCAAGCCAGCCCUUUACUGGCCCCUUCAUGGCUGUGCUCUUUGCCAAACUCGAGAACAUGCUGCAGAACUCCGUCUAUGUCAACUUCCUGCUGACGGGGCUGGUGGCCCAGCUGGCCUGUCACCCCCAGCCCCUGCUCCGCUCUUUCCUGCUCAACACCAACAUGGUCUUCCAGCCCAGUGUCAAGUCCCUGCUGCAGGUGCUGGGCUCCGUGAAGAAUAAGAUUGAAAGCUUUGCAGCCUCCCAGGAGGACUUCCCAGCACUGCUAUCCAAAGCCAAGAAGUACCUCAUUGCCCGUGGCAAGUUGGACUGGGCUGAGGGUCCUGCAGCAGGACCUGCCCUCCGCCGCUCUGAUCCCUUAGUGAAGAGCCGGAGACCGUCCUUGGGGGAGCUGCUUCUGCGGCACACACACAGUCCUACCAGGACCCGGCAGGCGGCACAGUUGGUUCUUCAGCCUGGGAGAGAUGCAGCAGGACUUGGCUUAGGUGGGAGCUCCCCAGGGGCUUCAACUCCAGUUCUCCCUCCCCGGGGAGGGGCCCCUGAGCGCCAAGGUGAGGCUCUGCGAGUCAAGAAUGCUGUCUACUGUGCAGUCAUUUUCCCCGAGUUUCUCAAGGAGUUGGCUGCCAUCUCCCAGGCCCAUGCUGUCACUUCACCUUUCUUGUUGGAUACUUCAGAGGAGGGGGCUGUCCCUCCGGUCUCAGGCAGUGGGCCCCUCAAUCCUUAACUUUCUUCCGUGGACAAUCAGGGCCUCGAGUGGCCUAGGCUGGGGCCAGGGCACAGGCUCCUUUUUAUGUUUGGAGGCAAGUGGCGAGAAGACUUUUUAAUUUAUUUAAGAUGAAUGUUUUAUGGCGAACUUGUUGCAAUAUGUAUAAAAGGGAAAUCUCUA